AUGUGCCGCAGCUGUUGGACAUGCCGAUCCAGGAAAGUGAAGUGCGACGCCAACCGCCCAAAAUGCCACCGCUGCAUCAAAGCAAAUAUCGAGUGUCAGGGUUACAAUGUACCACUGUACUGGAUCACCGACGAGGAAUCUCACGCCCCCUCGGCCAUCAAACGCCAGGCCAUGAAGUUGCCGCGAGUCCCACACUGGCGUGCAGGGCAGAUCAACGAUGUUGACGAGCAUUUACAAGAUGUCGAUGGGUACAAGGCCACCGAGGCUCGGGAAGCCUUCGUGUCUGGACCCUUUGGAGUCUUCACAUCCCGGAGUCAAUUGCCUACAACACCCUCCACCUCCUUGAUUGAUACCUUGCCUGUUUCAGAUACCCUCAUGCCGGAGGUAUUCGAGGAGGCCCUUGACGAGGGAGGAGCAGAUACAGGAAUUGCUGAUAUCGAAGAGGAUGAUGCGAUUGAAGAUGUUCACCCCCAUUCAGAAAACGCCCUCUCCUUGUACACGGCUAGCCCCGCCGCCGAGUCCCAAGAUAUCUUACACAUUUGCCAUUCUCUCAUUAACCCCUUCCCGAUGCUUGGCAGAGAAGACAGCAAAGAUAUCCUUGUCCAACAACUAAUGCAUAACUAUGUGCACAAUGUCGCCACUGUCUUGCAGCCUGUAGUUCACUCUGGCAACGCCUAUAGCUCGAUAUAUGCUACGCAAGCUAUGGCUGUGGCUUUGAAAUCCACCAAGAGAGAGAAUGAGAUCCAGCGCCUUGGAUCUUCAGAUAUCGCGUUGAACAGCAAAACCGCACUGUUGUACGCGCUCCUCACCUCGUCUGCGUUCUUCCUCCGCGGCUCUGACAGGUUUGGUGAGGCAGAUGCGUUGGCCACAAGUUUCCGCUUGAAAGCACAAGCGCACCUGCAACUGGCAUUGAAGUCGCUUUUUGACCCAAAGACCACAUCCGGCCAAUCACCAUCAAAUAAAUCCCUCUCUGACUACGAAGGUGUGCUAUCUGUAAUGCUAACCCUAGUAACAGCCGAUGUUCUUGAUGGACAAAUGAACGAAUUUUGGAUCCAUCUAGAUGCAACAAAAGGCCUCGUGAGAAACCUUCGACAGCAUGUGCUCCCUGGCUCUCAAGCAGAGCACCUCAUCAACAUCUCCUACUUUCUUCGUACACUGAGCGAUUCAUUAGACGUCAGUAACGAGCCUUUGCCGUGGUCAAGUGACAUGUACAACGCGCCGCUUUUCCUUGGAGAUGGCAGCACAUUGGAGUUCACAUAUGGUAUCACUGCUAAACUUGCUGGCUUUAUUCGCCAGACGUGUAUUCUGGCACGGAAUACUGAGUACUACAGAUCAAAUGAGACCGAUCUCCCAGACGAAUUCUCGGCUGCUCGUGAACAGUUAUUGGCCAGUAUUUCAGAGUGGCAUAUCAGCCAGGAGCCGUUGGUUUCAUUCUCCAAGAGUGACGACAUUACUCUUCUGCUAAUAUCAAAGCAUAUCUUGGCAUUUGCUACAAGUAUCCGGAUUUAUUAUCACACCCGCGUGCUCCCCUGCGAAGAGAAUACGCUCCAAUUCCUCGCCAGAACUGUUGCCUCGCAGCUCACGGAGAUUGAGGAUAUCAAGAAGCGUACAUGCUACAAUGUGAUCCCGACUGCAACUAUUUCCUGGCCAGGCUUCAUUGCCUCGUGCCAGGCUAGCGCGUCUGACCGCCCUGUCUGGGCCAAAUGGUGGAAUCAGAUGCUCGGGUAUCGGAUUGGCAAUAUUUCAAAUUUAUGGACUGUCGUUCAGGAAAUUUGGGCUCUGCAAGACACUGAGUUGUGUGGUGAUGAGCCGUAUUGGGCGGUUGUUUUACGAAGGAGAGGGACGAAGAUCUUGGCCAUCUAA